AUGUCGAUAAUAUAUUACCAAUUUAAAGGGGCAAUAGACUUUGAUACAAUAACCUUCGAUGGUCCUGAGAUCUCCGUGUUCGACGCUAAGAGGGAGAUCCUCGUGGCGAAGAAAUUAAAAGGAAACGACUUUGAUCUCGUUGUUUCACAGGCUGGGACUGGGGAAGACUAUACAGACGAUAACGUGUUAAUAAAAAGAAACACAAGAAUUGUCGUACGCCGAAUGCCUACUCGACCUGGAAAAGGUAACGCUCAGAGAUACUUGGAAGGCACGGCGCCCUCACCGCAAAGAAACUUUGGAGCAGCGGCUCGAGGCCUUGCUACCUCAGUCAAUGGGUAUGAAAAACUCAAAAUUAAGGACUGGUGA